UUCGACCUGCUCCUCCACCGCCUCUCCUCGCCCAUAAAUAGGGCCUACCCGACUACUCCUUCCCCUCGCGCUCUGCCCUUUGCGCCUUCGUCACCGCGACGCGCUUGCGUUUUCCAAUCCUUGUCUUAUACUCCGUUUCGACUUCGAGCUGGGUCGAUUUCUUCUUCAGCUGAUUCCUUGUUCUCGCAGAUCUCCAUCGGGCGUUCCGCUUUCGUGCGACGCGGGGAGCGAGCCUGUGUUCGGUGGCGGGGUUAUUGAGUUUGCCGUUUAUUUUUUUCCUGCAAUUCGUCUAGUUAUCGUGUGCAAUUCGUCUAGUCAUCGUGUCGAUCUUGUUUCGUCUCGCCUCCUCAGCGUGUGGGUUGCAGGAUUGGAUCCGAUCUGGUGUGGGGAGUUCGUCAUGUUCGCCUGGACUCGGAGGCAGGUCAGUAUUCUGUCAGAUCCAACGGUUCAUUGGUUGUCACUUGGACAUGGAUUCGGUGGUUUCAGGCCCAAUCAUCUCCCGGUGGGGUACCACCAGAAAUUGUCACUUGGACAUGGAUUUGAAGAUUUCAGGCUUAAUCGUCUCCCGGUGCGGUAGCAUCAGAAACCGAUAAUGCAGUUAUAGCCUGCACACCAGGUGGAUUUGGAGAACCUUCGGUCCGUUCUUAUGUUAACGGCUGAUCUCGCUUCUGGUCUUUUGGUUGUUUGUCCUCCUUAAACUUCAGAUGCAUGAAGGGUCCUUGCUGGUUAUGGAGAGAUCAUUUGAAGGGUGGAGGUUUGCUAUUAUGGUUCAUUCGCCGUUUCUCAUUCCUAUUCAUCAUAUUGUCGGAAGAUUAGCACCGAACUUACUCUAAGCUUCGUUGGAAAUGCUGCCUCUAGAUCUGCAGAGGCAACCUAAUAUUGGAAAUAGAUUGGGGCGUUGAUUGGACUGCAAUUCGUAGUAUUGGCGAGAAGAUCGUUUGGAUAUAUUUACCUAUCGCCCAUCAUAUUAUUAAAUUUCUAUCCGUUGCAGUUUUAAUUUCUUACAUUGGGGUGAUGGUUUUCUCCAGCAACUCGAUUAAAUGGAUGGAUUGGUGGAGGCGAGUUUGAUCCUGCUUCUGCUUGUGUAAUCAGUAGUUCGGAAUUGUUCAGAGUUCCUUGUGUUUGUUCACUAACCAUCCUUCUGUCAAUGUUCUUCGAAAACUAACUUCACACAUAGGCUCCCUUUAAUGUUUCGUUAGUGUAUCUGCAGUUUUGGGAGACAUCACUACAGAGUUCAUCCCCCUAAAUGCAUAAUGGAAGUCCUUGCUGGUAUUGUCCUCCUAGAUGCAAAAGGAAAGAUCCCUUGGUUAUGAAUAGAUCGGUUGAAGGGUGGAGGUUUGCUUAUGUUCCUUGGUUUUGAUCUGCUAUAUGGCUAUUUUUAUGUUAGCAAGUUUGAUCCAGCUUCUGCUUGUGCAAUCAGAACUUCUGAAUUGUUUAGAGUUCCUUGUGUUUGUUCACUAACCAUCCUCCUGUCGAUGUUCUUUGAAAAUUAACUUCACACAUAGGCUCCCUUAAUGCUUCGUUAGUGUCUGCAGUUUUGGGAGAUGCCACUCCAGAGUUGGUCCCCCUAGAUGCAAAAUGGAAGGUCCUUGCUGGUUUGUCCUAGAUGCAAAAGGAAGAUCCCUUGGUUAUGGAUAGAUCGGUUGAAGGGUGGAGGUUUGCUUACGUUCCUUGGUUUUGGUCUGAUAUAUGGCUAUUUUUAUGUCAAUCACGGUGGCGUGAAGAUCGCCACCGGACUAAUUAGAAGCUUGGUUGUCCUUAAUUGGAAUAAUGUAGAGGCAACUGAGGUGAUGUUUUGGACGUAGAUUGAAGCUUUGACCGGACUAAGUUCAUGUCAUGCAGAUAACAUCGUUGGGAUAUAUGUAUCUCUCACUCUUCUAUUGGCACUCUUAAAUUUCUUAUUUCUUAUAUUUCGGCUGAUGUUUUUCUCCAGCAACUGGAUUACAACAUCUGGAUUGUAUAUGGAUGGAUUGGAGCCUGAGUUUGGUUCUGCUUCUGCAUGAGCAAUAAUAAGUUCUGAACUAUUCAGGGGUCCCUUUUUGUUCAAAGAACAAUUCUAUCCUGUCAAAUGUUAGUUCACUCAGGCUACCUAAUGAUCGGACUUUAUCCUAUCCCACAUUAUUUGAUGAACGUUCAUGCUGUUUGAGUGUUCUAAGUUCUCACUACCAAAUAGAUAGUUACCAGAGGGUGGUCCUGCUGAUUGCAGAUCUCUAGGUGGGAUAUUUGCAUGGGCACAGAAGGAACCAGAUCUAUUCAAACCUACAACGAACUUUAACUCUCAUUGUGUUUGUUCAGUGGUUCUACCUUGAAGUAGAUAAACUUAUCCAAUUUACAAAAUGCUAGUAUAUGAACCAUGAUGAAAAUUUGGAUACUUCUAUUUUAAUCUGCACUUCUGCAGUGGUAGAAGGCACUGGAUAUGUUUGGGACGUAGGAGAUUCAAGCUGAUAUGGGUAGAACUACAACUUCGAUUUAAUCGAACUUGUUUCUGCUUUAUCAUGCUAUAUGCAUUAACUGAAGCUUUAAUUCUUGUGCUGCUGUCAUUUCUGUGUUCUGCAGAUCAUUUAGCUCAAGUAAUUGGUAGUCCAACGGUCAUGAUACUUGUUUUGGUUUGGGAUUAGCUUUAUCUACAUUUUUGUCCUCGCUUUUACAUGUGUUUGCAGGGUAAGUUUGGCAAUUGGAAAUCCCUGUAGCGAAGAACUGAUAUUUAAAACUGGGGCAGGUUAGAAAUCAUUCCGGUUGUGUUGGUUCCAUCACUUGUUUUCAGUGAUUUCAUAUCUGAAUGAUUGGCUAACAUUCUGACUCUCCAAUGAUAUCGCUGGAACAGUAGUAGUAGUAUUAGCAGCAAGGUUCGAGAUGCGGACAUUGGAGGUGGAUUUUCCUUGCACUCUGGUUUUUCUUCUCUUCGUGUCGGUGUUGCUAUUCAAGCACCUUGCCUGUCCCGUCUUGCCCUUUGUCACUUCGUCACUGGCGUGUUUGCGUUUUCCAUUUCUUCCUUCUCUGUACUCUCUGUUUCGACUUCGAGCUGGGAUGGUUUCUUCUCCGGCUGAUCUGUUCUGCUGCUGUUGCGGUUACGUGCUCUUGCAGAUCCCCUUGGGGCAUUCUGCUUUCGUGCCACGCGGGAGUGGGCCUGUGUUUGGUGGCGGGAUUGUUGGAUUUGCGGUUUAUUUUUAAGGCAAAUCGUCUAGUUAUCGUCGAUCUUGUUUCGUCUUCGCCUUCUCAGCAUGUCGGUUGCAGGAUUGGAUCUGAUCUGAGUUCGUCAUGACGUUGUGUGGCGAUCUGUUUGUCUGAGUUCGGAGAUAGGUUAGUAUUCUGUCAGAUCCAAUGGUUCAUUGGUUUUGUCACUUGGACAUGGAUUCGGUGGUUUCAGGCUCAAUUGUUCAUCUCCUGUUGUGGUACCAUCAGAAACCGAUAGUGCAGUUGUAGCCUGCAUACCAGAUGCAAGGAGGGUCCUUGCUGGUUAUGGAAAGAUCAGUUGAAUGGUGGAGGUUUGCUUAUGGUUCAUUCGUCGUUUCUCAUUCUGAUAUCAUCAUAUUGGUGCAAAGAUUAGCACCAGACUUGCUCUAAGCUUGAUUGGAAAUGCUGCUGGCUAGAUCUGCAGAGGCAACAUAAUUUUGGAGGUAGAUUGAGGCGUUGACUGGAGUGGAGUUUGUAGCAUCGGCGAGGAUAUCAGUUGGAUAUAUUUACCUAUCGCUCUUCAUAUUAUUAAAUUUCUAUCUGCUGCAAUUUUAAUUUCUUACAUUGGGGUGAUGGUUUUCUCCAGCAACUCGAUUAUAUGGAUGGAUGGGUUGGAGGCGAGUUUUGAUCCUGCUUGUGCAAUCAGAAGUUCGGAAUUGUUCAGAGUUCCUUAUGUUUGUUCACUAACCAUCCUGCUGUCGAUGUUCUUUGAAAAUCAACUUCACACACAGGCUCCCUUAAUGCUUUGUUAGUGAAUCUGCGGUUUUGGGAGAGGUUGAAGGGUGGAGGUUUGCUUACAUCCGUUGGUUUUGAAAUGUUUUAUGGCUAUUUUUAUGUCAAUCAUGGUGCCGUGAAGAUUGCCACGGACUAAUUAGAAGCUUGAUUGUCCUUAAUUGAAAAAAUGCUGUAGAGGGCUAAAGGUAACAGAGGUGAUGUUUUGGACGUAGAUUGAAGCUUUGACUGGACUAAGUUCAUGGCAUGCCGAUAACAUCAUUUGGAUAUAUGUAUCUCACUUUUUAUUGGUACUCAAAUUUCUUGUUUCUUAUAUUCGGGCUGGUGUUUUUUUCCAGCAACUGCAUUGUAUAUGGAUAGAAGUCUUCUCAUAUUCUUGGAUGGGCUUGUCACUCGGAAUGUGUUGAGUAAACUUAUCCAAUUUAUAAAAUGCUAGUAUAUGAACCAUGAUAAAAUUUAGAUAAUUCUUAUUUAAUCUGCAGUGAUAGAAGGCACUGUGCAAGUUUGGGAUGUGGUGGGAGAUUUAAGCAGAUAUGGGUAGAAUUACAGCACUAACUUUCAUUUAAUCAAACUUGUUUCUGCUUUAUCAUUCUAUAUGCUUCAACUGAAGCUUUAACUCUUGUGCUGCUGGAAUUUCUGUGUUCUGCAGAUCAUUUAGCUCAAAUAAUUGGUAGUGGGUCACGAUACUUGUUUUGGUUUGGGAUUUCUAUGGAUGCUUUUGUCUAGCUUAUCUAUGUUGUUGUGGUUGCUUUUACAUGUGGUUGUAGGGUAAGUUUGGCAAUUAAAAAUCCUGUAUUUAAAACUGGGGACAGGUCAGAAUGUCAUUCCGGUUGUGUUGAUGCAAAAUGAAAGGUGGGCUGGUUUUGUCCUCCUAGAUGCGGAAGGAAAGGUCUGCUGGUUAUGGAGAGAUCGGUUGAAGGGUGGAGAUUUGUUUACGUUCGUUGGUUUUGAUUUGUUACAUGGAUAUUCUUAUGUCAAUCAUGGGGGUGUGAAGAUAGCCACCUGAUUAAUUAGAAGCUUGAUGAUUGUCCUUGAUUGGAAAAAUGAUGUAGAGGCAACAUAGGUGAUGUUUUGGACGUAGAUUGAAGCUUUGACUGAACUAACUUCAUGGCAUGCUCUCUUUUAUUGGUACUCUUAAAUUUCUUGUUUCUUAUUUCUGGGCGGGUGUUCUUCUCCAGCAACUGGAUUACAGCAACUGGAUUGCAUAUGGAUGGAUUUGGGGCCUGAUUUGGAUUCUGCUUCUGCGUCAGCAAUAAUAAUUCUGAACUAUUCAGGGUUCCCUGUGUUUGUUCAAUAACUAACCUACCCUGUCAAAUGUUCUUUGAAAAUUUAGUUCCCUCAUAAACUAUCUACUCUUCUUGUUUUUUAUAUUUGGGCUGGUGUUUCUCUCCAACAACUGGAGUUACAACAUCUGGAUUGUAUAUGAAUGGAUUGGAGCCUGAGCUCGAUUCUGCUUUUGCAUGAGCAAUAAUAAUAAGUUCUAAACUAUUCAGGGUUCAAAAAAAAUCAUCCUAUCCUGUCAAAUGUUCUUUGAAAUUUAGUUCACUCGUAGGCUACCUUCAAAGAUAUGAUUGUAAUCUGCAGUUUUGGAGGCAUCGCAAUGGAGAUAGGACUUUGCAGUUGAACUUGGCGGCAAAUGAUCGGACUUCGUAUCCCACAUUAUUUGAUGAAUGUUCAUGUUGUUUAAGUGUUCUCGGUUCUCACUAUCAAAUUGAUAGUUACCAGAGGGGGUGGUCUUGCUGAUUGCAGAUCUCUAGGUGGGAUACUUGCAUGGGCACCGAAAGAUCCAGAUCUAUUCAAACCUACAACAACCUUUAGCUCAUUGUGUUUGUUCAGUGUCUUCUACCUGGAAGUAGAUAAUGAUUGGGGUCAUUGUUGCAGGUCUUCUCAUAUUUUUGCAUGGGCUUGUUACACGGAAUAUGUGUUGGGAGUACUAAACUUAUCUAAUUUACAAAAUGCAAUGCUAGUAUAUGAACCAUGAUGAAAAUUCGGUUACUUCUAAUUUAAUCUGUAGUGGUAGAAGGCACUGGACAUGUUUGGGACUUGGGAGAUUCAAGCAGAGAUGGGUAGAACUACAACACUACAACUUCCAUUCAAUCAAACUGUUUCUGCUUUAUCAUGCUAUAUGCUUCUGUGGAAGCUUUAAAUUCUUGUGCUGCAGGUCAUUUAGCUCAAGUAAUUGAUAGUCCAACGGUCAUGAUAUUUGGUUUGGGAUUCCUGUGGAUGCUUUCGUCUGGCUUUAGCUAUGUUUUUCUGGUUGCUUUUACAUGUGGUUGCAGAAUAAUUUUGGCAAUUGGAAAUCCAUGUAUCAAACAACUGAUAUUCGAAACUGGGGGCAGGUCAGAGAUAAUUCCGGUUGUGUUGGUUUCGUCACUUGUGUUAUCAGUGAUUUAAGAUCUGACUGGUUGGCUAACAUUCUGGCUCUCCAUGGAUAUUGCUGAUGUAGUGAUGUAGUAAAGCAAGGUUUUUGAUACCUGGGUUUAUUCGUAUAUCAAAUGAUCGUAGUGUGUGUUUUGUGUCAUUUAGGGAUGCAGGCUGACAUUGGAGGCGGAUUUUCCUCAAUUGGAGAUAUAACAAUUUGGAAAUAAAUUGUGACACUUGACCUCUCACUUAUAACUUCUGUCUUUGGCCUGUAAUCACUUGUUAUGUUUCCAGCCACUUUAACUAUAGCAUACGGCAUUGACGCCUAGGAGUUCUUUUGUGCUACAACAAUCUAAAUUACAAGGAUGCUUCUAAUUCUUCAUUUCUGUCAACAGUCCUAUCCAGUUACUUUCUUCAACCAGUAACUCUCUGUGCUGCAACAAUCUAAAUUACAAGGAUUCUUCUAAUUCUUCAUUUCUGCUGCCAACAGUCGUAUCCAGUUACUUCCUUCAACCUGUUACUCUUCAAGUUUGUGCAGAUGUGACACACAGAAGCUGAGAUAGAAUUUCCAACCAUCUAUGCCGUCUUCAAAGCCCAUCACUGUUCCACUGGCCAUUUAUUUGAUUUGCCUUGGAUUUGAAGGUUUUUUAAGGCUAUCACUGAACCAAAAUAGACAAACCAUAGAUGGUCUCUUUGGAAAAUGUAGAUUUAGCACUUGAAAUUUUAAAGUUCAGUCUGAUCCUGAUCAUAAUAUGUGCCUAUCUUCCGAAUUCUACUACCUCCAAUUUUGCUAGCCAGAGAACUUUCAGAUAGUGUGCAUUGAAGUUCAAGCUUGAUUACUUGUACUGAUCUGCUGUUUCGGAUGCUUUGGAUGCUCCAUGCUAGUUAUAUAAUCCACAUGAUCACAACCAAGACGAUACAUUGUUCAGAGAUUGCACUAACUACUGUUCCUGAAUAUUGACUGCAUAUCACUUUCCAUUUCACUUGUGAUUUGGAUUGUUGGUGGUUUGCUUGGUUUCCAGUUAUUUGAAAGCAUUAAUGCUUGGAUGUUAGGAGUGAUGAGGCACUCAUUACGAUACUCUUCAAUCUAACCAUUUAUAUUGGAUCCACUUGGAGCUAAGGUUAGGUUACUCCUUUGCACUACCUUUAUUUUGAAGCUGUCCUUGUUAAUCUGCAUGCCUCAUCUGAUGGCUCAGGUCCACUAUUUGCGCCGAUAUCCAGCAAGAACUCUUUCUUGACAAUACAUAACUUCAUUGUGCAAAAUUGGUUUGUUACUGAAAUUGUAGGUUCUUUACUUGAGCAUAUGUGGUCAUCGUAUACUUUUUGGUCCAAUUACCCAAAUUUUCUGUUAGGACCCCUACUAAUGUUUAAUCUAGUUUCUGGUUCGCUUCUAAUUUUACUUCCAUCUGUUAUGUAUUGUUUAUGUCUUGACUUUCAUCUGGUGCAUCUUAUCUGUUGUGGAUCAAAACUAAGAAAAAGGAUGUUGCUGCUUCUGUGCAUGCCAAAAGAAAAUCUCUCUGAACAAACUUGUCUUCUAUGUGCUUAUUGUUUGACCAUUUCUAUCGUGGACUAGCAGUAGUGCCUUAUGAUGUCCAUGUUGGCGCUAAGAAAUGUAUUGCGGUCAGUUUUUUGUGAUAUGCUGGAUGUCUUAACUGUACAUAAGAUUGCACGAGUGUACACUGGCUGUUUUUUAGCUGUCCACUUGCUUAUCUUUUUUUUCAAAUUAUGUCUGGGAGCACGAUCUUCUUUGUGUGUAAUUGUUUGUGUUUCCUGAUUUGUUGUUUGUUUGCGGUUUAACACUGCCUUUGCCGGUCCCAAGCCCGGAUGAGAAAAUGUGGAGGGAACUGCAGGGUUUCUUCUUAGUCCCAUGAAUGGUAUCAGGGUACUGGGAAGAAAUGUUGUUUGGUCAAAACAGCUGGACUCUGAGAGCUCAGACGGGCGUAACCUAACCAUCAAGCGCAAGCGGCAGUACGGUCACGUCUCCAGACGGGCGUUACCUAACCAUCAACUGCAAGCUGGUAGCCUGGUAGUAAUACUGGUUCACGGCUGCCUGCAUGCAAGUUCUUUUUUCCCCUGUUGAACAAGUUUAUUUAUCUCAUUACCCGCUGAAGAACUCAACGCACAGCAAGCUACAGCUACCUGAAGCCGUUUGGUUAAUCAUCGAAACAAUGGAUACCUCUAAUCUUCUUCAAAGUAAGCCAUGUACAAAAGGGACUUAGGUCCUUCCCUGGGAGAUGUCUGUACCGAUGGACUAGCUUGACUUUAGUGAUGUAGCUGUUACCUGGUCUUAAUUUGUUCUUGUCCUUCCGUUCUUGUUUCCAUGUUGAUUUCUGUUCCCCACUCGCUCCUCGCAGCCCAUUUGAAGUUCGUCAGACUUACGCACAGCAGAGAGCAGACACAAACUUGGACGAGAAUCGGCCACUGCUUGCCAUGCGACCCUGAGCGCAGCAUGCCCAAUUCGGGGAUUCUAACCGAGGUCGAGCUAGUAAACACCACCUGGAUGCUGAAAGUUUUAUGCUUGUUUCUCCAUAGCGCUUCUUUAUAAUUUGUUCUUAAAAAAACUUCUCUGCAUGCGUGUUUUUUAUGAACAAUGAUGUGCAUAGUCAACUAGGCAAUAAAAAAAACUUGCAUGACAUGGUAUAUAUAUAUAUAUUAAUUAUAUGAAUAGAUUUUAUUAAGACAUAAAAAUGUGUUCUAUUGAUUAAGUGGAUGUCAAUGUGAAGCUAACUACUAAAGUUUAAACUCAUAUUUUUACAUAUAUUUUUUAUUUUAUUUUUACAUUAAACGGGAAUGGUAACGCAGGACAAUGUUGAAAUUAGUGCUUUAGGGUAUUUAAUGUACUAAACCUAAUAAUUAGCUACUAAAAUUAGUUGAAGAUAUCAAACACUCUAGCUAAUAGUUCUAUUAGCUAUUUUUGGUAAAUUAACUAAUAAUUGGCUAUCUAUUUGUUAGUUAGCUAAUUUUACCAGUAAUUUUUUAGCAACUAAUUAUUAGCUCUAUUAUAUUUAAACACUUAAUAUAGUACUCUUUGUCUCAAAUUAAAAUUCGUUUCAGGUAUUUAGUGGAUUCAUUUAACAUUAAUGGAUGUGUUUUGCAUAUAUGACUUCGUCGUCUAUUUGAAUAUAGAUAUAAAAAUAUAUUUGAAUAUAGAUAUAAAAAGUAGUUGAUGAGCGAAUACUGAUUUCGAACGGAGGGAGUGGAAAAGGUUUAAAGCGCGAAAAAGUCCAACUGAACAGGCCAGUUGUAGGCCACCACAAGCGAAAAGGUUCAUCAUUGCGAGCGAUCGAUAAACCUCCCAGCACUGGCAAGGUCCGGGGAUCGUCGCCCCUCCCUCCGUCUCCACGACUCCACCCCCGCCCCUAAACCAACCACGUCGGCGUCCAUCUCCUCCACAACACAACACCCCUCCCUUUCCAGGAUUCUCCUCUCCUCCAAAAGAUCGGUGGCGGGUGAGACGAGAAAGAAAGAAGCUGACAAAGGCGAGAAGGGAUAGAGAGAGGAGAGAAAGGGAAGGUAGAAACUGGACAGAAAGUUUCUCCCCGCUAGAAGUAGCUCGGCGGUGAGGGAGCGAGAGACCUGCCGCCUACCCUUGCCCCACCGUUUUUUUCAUACCGUCUCGCCGGAAUCCUGCUUUAUUUUCCCGGCCAGUCCACCGCCUUCUCGGGCUACCACGCUGAUCCGGCGUCGUCUGCGGUCCUUCCGACCAACUCUUCAAUCUUGUGAAUUGCUUUUCGCCCAGUUAGGGCAGAUCACCAUUCCUUGCAGGAGUUCGUUGCCGUCUCUCCAAUCCUCCCUGGCUCGACUGCUCAGUGGUGACUGAUGUGGUCCACUGCCCUGCCCUGCACCUGCAAGUUAGUUUCACUCGUGAUCCGUCAGCUUGCCACCCAGCAACCGCUGAUUAUCAGAAAUCCACUUCUCAAAGCUUCAAGGAGCAUCCUUCGAACAAGUUCCUGAUUCCUUCGCCUCCCGCCCUCCCCGUUUCUUCUCUGGCAUCCUUGUCCGUUGACCACAGAGGGAAGAAAUCUGUUCCGGGCAGGCAGGCGCAUUCUCCGCCACAAUGGACGAUGGAGCUGACCUCCCCUGCCAGUUGCUCUUCUCCCACCCGGAGAUGCCUCACAGCUUCGACGAGUUCUUCAGCAGCGCCACGACCACGACCACCUGCACCCACACGCACAGCUGCGACCCUCCGGGCCCCUCGGCCGCCAUGCAUACCCACACGUGCCUGCACACGCACACCCAGGUCCUGGGCAGCGGCGGGGAGGACGACGGCUCAGCGAAGCCGCGGAGGCCCCUGGGAAACAGGGAAGCCGUGCGCAAGUACCGCGAGAAGAAGAAGGCGCGCGCGGCCUUCCUGGAAGGGGAGGUCAAGAAGCUGCGCGCCGCCAACCAGCAGCUCGUGCGGCGGCUGCAAGACCACGCGGCUCUGGAGGCGGAGGUGGCGAGGCUCAGGGGCCUCCUGCUCGACGUCCGGGGCAGGAUCGACGCCGAGGUCGGCGUGUCCCCGUUUCAGAGGCCAUGCAGCGCGGGCUCUGUGGAGUGCGGCGCUGAUCCAGCUCUGCGCUUCGAUGGCAGCUCGGAGGUAGUAGGAGGUGGUGGCUGGGAGAAGAGCUCAAGCCCUCAAGUUGCGGACUGCAGGAUCGAUGAAGGGGGAGGAGGGAUGUCACGGGAACUUGAUGUUCUAGAAGGUUUGCGUCACUCCAUUGAUGCUGGGGCAACCUUUGUGAGUUCUGAUUCUCUUGCUGAACGAUCGUGUUUGCCUGGUUGACAGUUUCGGGGCCUCUGCCAGCUUCUUUGGGCUUUGCUUUAAAGAUAAAUUAAAUUAUUCAUGGAUUUAGGAGAAUGAGGAACCGACAGUGAGUAGAACUAUCUUCGCAUCGCUGUGGUUUAUGUUUCUUAUGCUGGUGUUCAGUGUGUAUAUAUAGGGUACAGAAUACUUUCAUAUGAGCACUGAAGAAAUCGAAAUUGACAAUGUUUCAUGCGAAAUUGUACUGCGGGUAUGUAAAUGAAGUGCGCCUGACUUCUGACUUGUAGCCUGUUUGUGCUUAGCUGAAAUAUUAUUAAGCUAUUAAUAUAAAA